CGAGAUAGGUACAUGUAGGUUAUCAGUGCAAUCAACAUGAAUGACGCCGUCCCAGUUUUCCUUUUACUCAUGUGUCUGUCGCGAGGUGGCGCUCCAGAGUCGAACUGGGCCAACGAGUUUGACGGACAUUUCCAAUUUGUGUGCCCCGUCGGCAGUUACCUGACCAACGUAGAGAGUUUCUUCAACAGCUAUUACAACGACCGGAAGUUCAGUUUCCAGUGUAACGCCCGCCUCGAUUCCCCAGUGGAAGUAUCUUCCUGUUUCUGGACCGAUUAUGUCAAUGCGAUGGACAGUCCCAUAGUGUUUCAGUGUGGGUCUGGUGUCAUCCAUGGAAUAGAAAGCUACCACCAGGACACAUACGAAGACAGGAGGUUUAAAUUCAAGUGUUGCAAUCUUCCACUUACAUGUGAAACCAAUUGCCACUACACCGGCUGGGUUAAUGACCUUCAAGGCCCGUUUACUUACAUUGCCCCAGACAACUAUUUCAUUAGAGGAGUUGUUAGUUUUCAUGACAACAAGGCGGAAGACCGGAAGUUCGACUUUGAGGUAUGUGCAUUACCCACUGCCUGUGAUUACCAUCAGCACCACUCACACAAUCCGACCAAACCUAUUUCUACCCCAUCCACAUCUACUACCAACGGGACUACUGCAUGGGUGGUUCUUGGAUAG